AUGGCCAACUCUCCGCUCAGUGUAGAAGUGUCGCUUCCCUCAGGCAAAAAACUUACUAUCCCCACUGGUCUGUUUAUCAACAACGAAUUCGUUCCCAGUGUGACGGGAGAUACGAUCGUCACCGUCAAUCCGAGCACUGAAGAAACAAUUUGCACAGUACAAGCGGCUUCCGCCAAGGACGUUGAUAUUGCUGUACAAGCUGCUCGCAAGGCAUUCGACACAACAUGGGGGAAACAUGUACCCGGAACUCAGAGGAGCGCGUUGCUUCACAAGCUGGCUGAUCUCAUAGAGCGUGAUGCGCAGUCUCUGGCAGAGUUGGAGUCGCUGGAUAAUGGAAAACCCGUCGCUGUAGCCCGUGAUGGAGACAUCGUGGAGAGCGUAGGAUGCUUGCGGUACUACGCUGGAUGGGCCGACAAAAAUCACGGACAGACGAUCGAAGUCAACGAUGAUACUAAGAUGGCAUAUACCCGACAUGAGCCGAUAGGAGUCUGCGGACAAAUUAUUCCAUGGAACUACCCUAUCAUGAUGUGGGCAUGGAAAACGGCUCCAGCGCUCGCAUGCGGCUGUACCAUUGUGAUGAAACCCAGCGAGCUCACCCCACUUACUGCGCUGAAACUCUGUGAACUAAUUGUUGAGGCUGGCUUUCCAGCUGGCGUUCUUAACUGUGUUCCAUCUCUAGGACCUGUGGGAGGAGCUGCUCUGUCGGAACACCUCGACGUCGAUAAGGCAAGGCGUAGGUUUCAUCACUUCGUCAUCGCAUUCACUGGAUCGACGGUUACCGGGCGUAAGAUCCUGGCCGCAGCGGCGGCCUCUAACCUUAAAAAAGUUACUCUCGAAUUGGGUGGAAAAUCACCGAACAUCGUGUUCCCAAGUGCAGAUCUAGAACAAGCGGCCAACUGGGCUUCGCUUGGUAUCUUCUACAAUCAAGGUCAGGACUGUACCGCAGGAUCCCGAGUCUACGUACACUCCUCAAUCUAUGAAAAAUUCCUCGAACUCCUGGCCAAGAACGCUGCAGAGUUUGAGAAAGUUACAGGCGACGGGUUCAAGGAAGGUGUAUCUGGUGGUCCAAUCGUUUCUCAAACACAACGCGACAAGGUUUGGUCGUACAUCGAGAAGGGUAAAUCCGAGGGCGCUCGUGUGGUAACCGGGGCCCAAAAAUGGGAGGGAAAAGGAUACUUUGUUAAACCCACGAUUUUUGCCGACACUACUUCGAACAUGAAGAUCGUCCAAGAAGAAAUAUUCGGUCCAGUCUUGAGCGUGUCCAAAUUUGACACCGAAGAAGAGGUCAUUGCCCUUGCAAACGAUACUACCUACGGACUUGGCGCCGGGCUCCACUCCAACGAUGCUAAUCAGAUUCACCGUGUUGUCAAUGCCCUUAAUGCUGGUACGGUUUGGGUGAAUCAAUAUAACAUCCUACACAAUAAUGUGCCAUUUGGCGGAUACAAACAGAGUGGUAUCGGUAGGGAAUUAGGCAGCUAUGCCCUCAAGGAAUAUACCAAUGUCAAGGCUGUUCACUGGAAUUUUGGAGAGAAGAUGGGCUGGCCCUUUUAA